AUGGUCUCCGAUGCCGGCGUGAAGAAAACGCCUAAGAAUGAGCGCAAGGCAACCAAACAUAGCCAGGAAAAGCUAGAAAAUCUCCUUGGAGAAGCACAAAAAGAGGAAAAAUCCAAUGGACAGGGUCCAAGUGCUGGUGAACAAGGUGCUGCUGCACCGGGACCCGUGGACGACCGACAAUCCGCCGACAGGGAGCAGCCAGAUCAACCAAACUCAAGUCAAGGUUCUGAUAUUUCAGGCGACUCACACCGUGGAACAGGACCUGCGAAUGAGCCUGGGUCGAGUGACGAGGAAAUGUCAGACGCUGAACCUGAUAUCACGAACGAGUCGACCUCUACUGGCACGGCGGGAGCACAAACACGUGGAAUGAAUAAUUCAAGCGUCGGCGCGCAACUAUUUGUGGACUUUGAGAAGUUGAACAUAGAUGAAGGCCGUCAUAAAAAGAAAGGACGCCACGAAGAUCCCCAACCAGGCGACAUAGCCGGGUUUGGCGGCACAGGGAAUAAUCGGUUCUUCAUUUUUCGGGUUGGUCCCGCCCAAGCCCCUAGGCACGUGUUUCGAAGAACAAGUGCGUAUAGCACCGAAGGUUUCGAAAAUCUGUCCCACAAUCGGAUUUCCCUACUCAAAUACAAUGGCCUAAACGGGGAUCGACUUUGGCAAUAUACGAGAAGAAAUAUUGCCGGGUUUAGAGGCAUCGCCAUCGAUAAAACGGAGAGCAGCCUUAAGUGUCCACAGACAUGGAUCAAUGUCGAAUGGAAGGAUAUUAAGGAAGAGCACAGGUACUUGUUGGUUAACGAAUGCAACUGGACCCCUAGGACGGAUGUGAUUCGCUUAUCGGGUAGGAAGGUGGCCAGCAUUGGAAUCCGCGCAAUCUGGACCUUGCAGGAGACUCUGCACAUUGAGGCGAUCCAAAGAGAGGGUAAACUGGUUUCACCUUUGCCAUUUCCUUUGGCUCCCUUCGAGGCGGAGAAAAUCAAGCCAGAAAGAUCUCGUACACCGGAUCAAUUCGAGCCAACCUUGGCUCUAUUCAAGUCUUUUUCCUCGACCCCAAAGAGCCGAUCUAGCAUCUCAGGAGGCAACAUGGCUAAUGGUAUCAAACGAGAGCAAGAGCAGGAGACAAGUACUAUUGUGCCGCCCCGUUCCGCUAUUCAAACCGCUCCUGAAUCGAAUGUUUUCGAAGUCGAAAGCGGUGGGAGCAGUCAAAGCAAGACCCAGGCACCUAAAAAAUUUAAUGUUCAAACUUAUAUGGCAAGUGUGGAAAAGGCGGAGAAGUGGAACGCCAUGAGCGAAGCCGAGAGAGAGAAGAGAUAUAGAAUAGCCUUGGCAAAUUAUGAUCACUACAAGGAGGAGAGGCAGAUCAAGGGUGAUGUGGAGGUUGAGGAAGAACUUUAA